UUGUUUAUUGGUGACACCUGUGAACAGCUGUCGGCUGAGGACUAGCUACAUCCACCUCUCCGGCUAACUCAACCUUAAAUCAACUUAUAUUACUGUUUUCCGCCGUUUUAUAUCCCACGGUUGAUUGGAGGACCGUCGCCAUGGAGCCAGCCUGCCGUAAAGACAAGCCGAAGCUGAACUCCACCCCGACCAGAGGAGACCGAGCCCGGCAGAAGUCUGCACAGCAAGAGCACAAGCAGCGCCAGAGAGCCGAGAUUUAUGCCUUGAACAAGGUGAUGACGGAGUUGGAGCAGCAGCAGUUUGAGGCCUUUUGUAAACAGAUGCAGUCACAAGGAGAAUGAUGAGACCUGGACCAGGACCCUGCAACAAGGCCCCAUGUACCUUCAUACAAUCAGACGGUUAUACUCACACUGACGUUCAAUAAGACAAUCGUUGCUCUCGAUGGUUUACGUCUCAAAUUCCUGCUUCAGAUAGCAGCUUCAACAAAGUCUGAGCCUAACCCUGAACUCUGGAGUUGAACAUUCCCGACGUGGAACACUGAAGAUGAAAAGUAUUGGUUCAAAAAGUGUAUCGAUCGGAGACAUGAUUUUAACCUCACAAUCUGAUCCAGUGGUAAUGUGUGUGUCAGGAUUUGCACGUUAAAUAAAUGUAUUUUAAAUUGGA